CAUGUCGAGCACAGGGCUCAUGGCCGUCCCACGCAGACGCACACAGUGAGGAAACACUCCAAGUGAGUCAACAACAAGGUCUCCUUACCGGCCAUGGGAUUCUAAACCAGCGGCGUAUAGGCUACUGUGCACCAGAGAAGAAGAGCCUGUCCAGAGGAUCAUCUAGACUCAGUAUGAAGACUGUGGCCCUCGUUCUGCUGGUUCUGGUCUCCUCAAGCUACAGUUUACAGAGAGCCCCUCGUAUCAUCACCUUACUAGAGACAGUGGAUGUGCUGCUGGAUCACAAUGCCACCUUCAUUUGUGAAGUGGAGUCACGUCCUCCUGCUGACAUCACCUGGACCAAGAACAACCAACCAAUCAUGUAUGACCCUCGCUACAGAACCAGGGAGCAGGGACAGAUGCUGAUUGUCCCUCAUGUGAGAGAAUCAGAUAACGGAGAAUACUGCUGCCUCGCCAAUAACGGCAUCGGGGAGGCGGCCAAGAGCUGUGGAGCGCUGCAGCUCAAGAUGAAACCUCAGAUCAAACGACAUCCCACCAACCUGACGCUUCUGGUCGAAUCCAAAGCGGUGUUGCCCUGUGUGACCCUGGGAAAUCCCAAACCAGAUGUCACCUGGAUCAAAGAUGACGAGCUCAUCAAGAUCACUGACCGUGUGACCAUUCUGGACUACGGUGCGUUGAAGAUUCACAACAUACAGAAGGAGGAUGCGGGGCAGUAUCGCUGUGUGGCCAGGAACAGCUUUGGUUUAGCCUUUUCAAAGCCGGUCACUAUAGAGGUACAGGCUCCGGCACGAAUCCUGCGGGUUCCAAAAGAGAAGAGAGUAGCGUACGGCAGCCAGAUCAGCCUGGACUGUAACGCCACGGGGAAUCCGAUACCCACCAUCACCUGGCUGAAAAAUGGGAAUACUAUUUCAGGAGCAUCCGUUGAGGAGACGCUGGUGGGAGAGGUGAUUCUGUCCGUUCUGAAAGUGACAGUGAACAUGCCGGCUCUGUUCACCUGUCUGGCCUCCAACAGACACAACGCUGGAGCGUACACCGUCAAAGCAACCGCAAGAGUCACCAUCAAUGAGUGGAGACUCUAUAAAGGUGUUGCAGGCUACUGCAGCGCCUACCGAGGAGAUGUGUGUCGCACCAUCCUGCGAGACGAUUCGCUGGUUUUCUUUAACUCCUCCCUCUCGGACCCCGAGGACAUGCAGGAGUACCUGGUUCAGAGCUGGUCGGCGGAGCUGGAAGGCCUCAGUGCGCUCUGCGGCCCCGCGCUGCGCUCGCUGCUAUGCCACGCCUCCUUCCCCGACUGCAACCCAUCGGGGUUAGGACCGGCACCGAAACCUGUCUGCAGAGAGCACUGCCUGGCGGUGAAGGAGCUGUACUGCCAUAAGGAGUGGUUGGUGCUAGAGAGCAGCAUUUUGUUCCAGCCGAGCAUCUUCAGCUCCGUCAUCGGGCCCAACGCUCCCAGUUCACUGCUGCCCAAAUGUCAGGCUUUGCCCAGUCUUCGCUCAGACCCGGAGGCGUGCACACACGUCCCCUUUGUGGACAUCAAGAGAGAUCACAUCACAACAUUAUGUUACAAUGACAGAGGCCGUUUCUACCAAGGCAGCGUGAACGUGACGAGGUCUGGGAUCCCGUGUCAGCCAUGGAGCCAACAG